UCAAAAUUCAUUUUUCUGAAAAAGUAUCAGGAAUCCAUAAUAAGACUUUUAUAAGAGGAUAUGACCCAGUAAUUUCAAAAGUGAAAAUGGGCAAAAAUAAGGUCAUACUGGUUACUGGUGGAACAGGUCUUGUUGGGAAAGCUAUUCAACACAUAGUGGAGCUUGAAAAUCUCCCAGACGAGAAAUGGAUAUUCCUGAGUAGCAAAGAUGGGGAUUUAUGUGAUUACCAAGCUACCAAGAAAAUUUUUGAAACACAUUGUCCCACCCAUGUCAUACAUUUAGCUGCUAUGGUUGGUGGACUAUUUCAUAAUAUGGCCCAUAAUUUGGAUUUCCUGAGAAACAACCUCCAUAUGAAUGAUAAUAUCCUACAGAUCAGCUAUGAAUCUAGAGUUGAAAAAGUUGUGUCUUGUCUUUCUACUUGCAUAUUUCCAGAUAAAACACAAUAUCCAAUUGAUGAAACCAUGGUUCAUAAUGGUCCUCCACAUCCUUCUAACUUUGGAUACAGUUAUGCAAAAAGAAUGAUAGACAUACAAAAUAAAGCCUACCAUGAACAACAUGGUUGCAUGUUUACUUCAGUCAUUCCAUGUAAUGUUUUUGGACCCCAUGAUAACUACAAUCCAGAAUCUAGUCAUGUGAUACCAGGUCUCAUCAAAAAACUGCAUGAUAUUAUUGAAAAAGGAGGUGAUACAUUUACUGUAAUGGGUACAGGGAAACCAUUGAGACAGUUUAUUUAUUCUGUGGAUUUGGCAAAACUUUUCCUAUGGGUUUUGAGGAAUUACCAAGAAGUAGAACCUAUAAUUUUAUCAGUUGAUGAAAAUUCUGAGGUCACAAUUAAAGAGUUGGCUGAAGAAAUAGCUCAGGCGUUCAAUUUUAAAGGGACCAUUGUAUUUGAUACUACCAAAGCUGAUGGGCAAUAUAAAAAAACUGCCAGUAAUGCUAAACUUAGGAAGUAUUUACCAGAUUUUCAAUUCACACCAUUUUCCUUGGCUAUGAAAGAAAGUGUGAAUUGGUAUAGAGAAAAUCAUGAAAUUGCCAGAAAUUGAGUGCAGACUGUUGAAUCAAUGAAACAUAUUUAUUUUUAUUAUAUUGGUAGGUAUCAGGUCAAAAAUAAAAAUUACCUCUAUUUUAA